AAUCUCGCUUCGCUCCUAUAUAUUCACCCUUUUUCAAAAUUCUCAUAACCUAUAAAAAGGUUUUCAAAACACAGGGGACUAAUUCAAUCUAAUUGACUAGCAGUAAUUGUUAAGAAGAGUAGGGUUUCAAUUGAUUUAGAUAGAUAUAAUAAGAUGGCGGAACAAGUCUUGGAAGGGAACCAGCCCGUGGAUCUUUCCAAGCACCCUUCUGGAAUUGUUCCUACUCUUCAGAACAUAGUCUCGACGGUCAACUUGGAUUGCAAGUUGGACUUAAAAGCCAUUGCAUUGCAAGCAAGAAAUGCUGAAUACAACCCUAAGCGUUUUGCUGCUGUUAUUAUGCGAAUCAGGGAUCCGAAGACAACUGCCCUAAUAUUUGCUUCAGGAAAAAUGGUUUGUACUGGAGCUAAGAGCGAACAACAGUCAAAGCUGGCUGCAAGGAAGUAUGCACGAAUUAUUCAAAAGCUCGGGUUUCCUGCCAAAUUUAAGGACUUCAAGAUACAAAAUAUAGUUGGUUCAUGUGACGUGAAAUUCCCCAUCAGACUUGAAGGUCUUGCAUAUUCGCACGGUGCUUUUUCUAGUUAUGAACCAGAACUGUUCCCCGGUUUGAUUUAUCGUAUGAAGCAACCCAAGAUUGUCCUUCUCAUAUUUGUAUCAGGAAAAAUUGUGCUUACUGGAGCGAAGGUGAGAGAAGAGACGUACACAGCAUUUGAGAACAUAUACCCUGUUCUAACGGAGUUCAGGAAGAAUCAGCAGUGAUUUGGGCUUGAUGAAACAUCGAUGAUCGUGAAGAGCUUUCAACUGCAUUUACCAGGGUGACCUGAUGAACCAGCUAUAACAAUUACCUUGGCUGGAUUUAGGUUUUUUUUUUUUCUUUCUUACAUUUCUGUACAAUGGAUUUGAAAGUACUAAGAUGUAAAGGUUUUGUUGGUGGAUAUAAAAUUAAGACAGACAAGAUUUCAUGUCAAUACAUUUCAUAUGUAGGAGGAACCAAUAAUGGAUUCAUGAGUCCUUUUUCUGCUGUA